GCACCGGUCUAUGUAUGAUGGUAGAACUUCUUUGUGGAAUUAUGGGCGGUUCAUCAUUCGGCAAAUCGAUCAGGAAAUGGCAGACGACUGAUGAGAACGCUAAUUUAGGCCAAUGUUUUGUUGCAAUCGAUCCUGAGUGUUUCGCCCCAGGAUUCAGCGAUAGACUGAGUUGUUUCCUCGAUGAGACUAGGGAAUUAGAACCGCUCGAUGGUAUCGUCUACAAGAAGAGCCAACUGAAGCACCUGGUUAGUUGGUUUGAACUUUCUAUGUGAUA